UAGCUGUGCGGCGCUAUUCCCCGCACAUGCGCACAUCAGUCUUUCUUUUUCCAGUGCAGCGGAGUCAAACUGCCCACUGUUUGACUCCUGGCUCCGGCUUAGGAGACUAAAAAGUCUGCAAAAUGGGAUUUGUAAAAGUGGUGAAGAACAAGGCCUACUUCAAGAGAUACCAGGUGAAGUUCAGGAGGAGGAGAGAGGGAAAGACUGACUAUUUUGCCCGCAAACGCCUGGUUAUCCAAGACAAGAACAAGUACAACACACCCAAGUACAGGAUGAUUGUUCGCUUCUCCAACAGGGACAUCAUCUGCCAGAUUGCCUACGCCAAGAUCGAGGGAGACAUGAUCGUGUGUGCUGCGUACUCCCAUGAGCUCCCAAAAUACGGUGUGUCUGUGGGUCUGACAAACUAUGCAGCGGCCUACUGCACUGGACUGCUCCUUGCUCGCAGGCUGCUAAACAAAUUUGGCCUGGAUAAGCUGUAUGAGGGCCAAGUGGAGGUCACUGGAGAGGAGUUCAAUGUGGAGAGCAUUGAUGGAAAGCCUGGUGCCUUCACCUGUUACCUGGAUGCUGGCCUCGCCAGAACCACCACAGGCAACAAAGUGUUCGGAGCCCUGAAGGGAGCCGUAGAUGGAGGUCUGUCCAUCCCCCACAGCACCAAACGUUUCCCUGGCUACGACACUGAAAGCAAAGAGUUCAACGCAGAGGUCCACCGUAAACACAUCCUGGGCCUGAACGUGUCUGAGUACAUGAGCCUCCUGAUGGAGGAGGAUGAAGAUGCCUACAAGAAACAGUUUUCUCGCUUCAUCAAGAACGGUGUCACCCCUGAAAGCAUGGAGGAAAUGUACAAGAAGGCACAUGCAGCCAUCCGUGAGAACCCAGUGCACGAAAAGAAGCCCAAGAAGGAGGUCAAGAAGAAGAGAUGGAACCGCAGCAAGCUCACUCUGGGCCAAAGGAAAGACCGUGUUGCUCAGAAGAAGGCCAGCUUCCUCCGGGCUCAGACUGCAGAGGAGGACUAAAUUGGUGUCUUCUGGCCCACAUUAUUGUGCAGAAUUUUGUUCUAAUAAAUCUAUUGAAAAGACUCAA